UGCAGGGACUUGGUAAUGAUAGGUUUUAACCUUUGGGUGCUUGCUUCCUUAAGUCGAGGAAGUCUGAGGCAUGGGUGUGGCCUUCCAUUUGAAAAUAAAUCUAACGUAUCGGCGAGGAAGUGCUGAACCGCUUAUGCACAAAAGGCAUCGAACUGUGAUCCUUUACAAUCCUUGUGCUGGCUUUUACAGGCUUCAGUCAAAAUACACAAUGUCUCAGCAACUCGCACCCAGUGGCUUGCACUGAAGAAGACUGCAGUGGCAGCAGCAACAAGGCCUCAGCACACUCACAGUCGAGUCUCAUACAGUCCAAACAGGUGUGGACUUGGCAGGUCACAGCAGAACAACCAGGCCGGUUGUGAAAGCCGGAAGGGGCCAUGAGGAGAGUCCGGAGGAAAGUGGCCAACAAGGAGAAGGUGUUUGGUUGUGAUCUUCUUGAGCACCUGAACACCUCCAGUCAGGACAUUCCUCAGGUGUUACGUUGUUGCACUGAGUUUGUUGAGCAGCAUGGCAUCGUGGACGGGAUCUACAGGUUGUCUGGAGUUUCUUCCAACAUUCAGAAACUCAGGAGCGAGUUCGAGAGCGACGGGACCCCUGACCUCAACAAGGAAGUGUACCUGCAGGACAUCCACUGCGUCAGCUCACUUUGCAAAGCUUAUUUCCGAGAGCUCCCCAACCCGCUGCUAACCUACCAGCUUUACGACAAGUUUGCUGAGGCCGUGGCCGUCCAGCUGGAGGAAGAGCGUCUGGUAAAAAUCAGAGAUGUACUGAAAGAACUUCCAGUGCCGCAUUACAGGACUCUGGAGUUUCUGAUGUGCCACCUUGUCAAAAUGGCCUCGUACUCGCCUGAGACUAACAUGCAUGCCAGGAACCUGGCCAUCGUUUGGGCACCCAAUCUACUCAGGUCAAAGGACAUCGAGGUGUCUGGGUUCAAUGGCACUGCUGCCUUUAUGGAGGUCAGGAUCCAGUCCAUCGUGGUGGAGUUCAUCCUCACACAUGUUGCUCAGCUGUUUUCAGAACCAAGUGUAUCAUGCAACAGGAGGAAAUCUCUUCCCUCCCCGGUGGCCAUCUCCACUCAGGAAGAACCCUCAUUCAAGUCUCAACCUCCCGUCAACUUUGGAAACAUCAGUCCAGGGGAUGGUCCUCUUCCAAUAAGACCUUACCAUGCUAUCAUAGAAGGCACUGAUAAGCGGAAAGGCUCAUUCAAAGGAAGGAAGUGGAUGUCUAUCUUCAACAUCGGAAGUCGGUUUCACGACCCGAGAAGACGCCAUAAACACUCGGCCAAAGAAAAAGACAGACCCGUGUUGAGGCCAGCUAGAAGCAUGGACUCCCUCAGCAUCCCAUCAUAUUCAAAUGAAGAUUCUAGACGCCCUCUGCAAACAUCUAAUUCCACCAAAAUGUCCUGCUUGGAGGCUGCGGUAUCUCCUAGUUUAAUUGGUGGAAGCGAAUAUGCUGUGACCUACCGCAGGGGAACGGGACUUGUAAGCGGGGGCACCCAAGGCACUUACACUGCCCUUGACCCUGAAGGUUUGGGAAGCACAGAAAUUGACAACGUACUGUCCAAGUCACCGGGACUCUCUACAAAAGCAGGUCGAAGAGCAGCAAUGCACAUCACAGGGCCCAUCACAGUUACAGUGCCGCUUCAUAUCACCCCAAACUUGGCAUUAGGUGUACUUCAUGGAGGCGGCAGCGACAGGGUUGUCCACCGUGGCAGGGAUAAGGAAGGAGGUGAAAAGGUGGAGGUUAAGGAGGAAAGAGACCGAGUGGAGAGGAAGGACAGUGGACAAAUGGAAGAAAAGAUGGAAAAAGUUAAGAAAGUUAAAGAAGUGACAAAUAGUAAAGAUGUCUUGGAUGAAGACGUAACUAUUUUACUUGACAAAGAAGAAGGGGACAAAAAUGAGAAAACAGUUUGUAAAUGUGAAAUAAAGACAGAAGAUCAAUGCAUGUCUAAAGAGGCACGUGCCAAAAGCCUGAGCUCCACUGCAGAUGAAGAUGUUGAGGGCAAGUGUGAAUACAAGGAAAUGCAAGAAGGGGCAACAGAUGAAAAUCAGCAGGAAGCGACUGAACAUGAAGACAACAAUGUUUUUGGUUCCUCUAACAUCCUCGACUCCAAAGAAGUGGAACACAAUGAUGACCAGGAGCUGUCGGGCUACGUUCAAGACAACUUUGAAUUUCUGGACCAAAUGGACUGCAGCACCCUGGAUCACAUGGACGGCAGCGUCUCCUGUCAGAUUCCUCUCCACUUUCUGCCAGACUGUACCUCUCAAGUAAAUGAAUUCUCAGUGGAACCUCCUGGACAUUCCGAUAAUGAGUAUGAACUCAUGGAGCACGUAUCCCAUCAUGCCGCGGGGGCAGAUACACGGCCAAGUCCUGAAACAAGUGGUCAAAGCCAAUUUAAGUUCCACCGGCCAUCCAGCGUCAAUGCAAACGAUCGACAGACAAAAUCUCUCAGCUUGCCUCCUGUGACCUCACCAGUGUGCGGACCAGAGGAGUGCUGCUCUGACGAAGACACAAUGGAUGAUGACAUCAUCGAUGAUUACAGCAGCGACGAAGAGGCUAGCUUGUUUGUUAAAAGCCUCCCUCCGGAUUUCUUUUUAAACAAUCUGUGUGAUCUUGAAUUGGACGGCGACAAUGCACAAGCUAGCGCUCAGGUGGAUCAGCGAUGUGAAGUCAGAGAAUUUCACCCUGAUUUUUCUACUGAUAAAGAACCAAAUGAUGUAGAUGAAGUCCAAGGAGACAUGGAAGAUGGGCAGCAGAAAGAGAUACCAUACAACAAAGAGAACAGUCAAAGGACAACAACAAACGAAGAUCUCAGCAUCGUGGAAACUGGUCUGUAUCAAGAUUUUAAAACUCUCCCGUUAGAAGCACCUUCACACCAAAAUGUGGACCUCUCAAAGAACAAGGACACUGGUGAGUCAACGGUUAUGACCUGCGAUGUACAGGUUGACAAAGGACAACAGGAAGAUGAAGGAGAAGAACAAGUCGGUCAUCCUCAGGUCUCCAUCUCUUGUGGUGCUCAGAAAGAAACAUCUGUCUUAGAGGGGACCGAAGAUGUUUCUGUUGAAGCAGAAGAGGAGUUUAAGGUGGACCAGGAUGGAGGAGAAGAGAGAGAAUGGACAGAAAACACUGGACAAGGAAGAGAAGAAACGGGGUGGCCACUUGAGCAAAAGUAUCUCGAAACCAAAAGAAGCAUUUCAGAAGCUCUCACAACAGAAGAUAGCAAAGAACUGCCUCAACAACUCCAUUCAGAAAAGAUGGAGUGUCACUCCGGGCUGGACGAUACAAUCGAGAAAGUCUGGGAUGAACUUGAGGAGAUCAUCUGUGAACUGAUCGAGGAUGAAGAAAGAAAGAUGAGUGCAAAAGAGGUUGGCGAUCAUGAGGAUGCUCAGGUUUCAGCUCAGAACAACGUGAACUUUGAGGAAGAAGCAGCAAAAGAGACGAAGUUCGACAUGGAAGCUGUAGAAGAUGAGAUGGAGACAACAGGAAAAGACGUUCAGGAUAAGACUAACUUAGCAGAGAAGGGCGAUCAAGAGGCAGCACGAGAGGACAAACACAGUCUUGAGGAAGUGACACCAAGUCUUAUUGAGACACAACUCAAAGAGAUCAGUUGUGACGUUCCACAGUCCAAAGAAGCUAUGAAGUUUGAACAGCGAGGCGCCAGCCAUGGAGGAGUCGGACGGAAGCUGGUCAUCUCCAAACCGCCAAGAGUUUACCAAGUCAAAGCUGUGCCAAUGGUCCCCCCCAAACCCCAACACUGCAAGCUAGCGGCCCUGACCCUCCGACAGCAGCAGCAGCAGCGAGAGAAGAGAGACGCUGACAUGCCAGAUGAGGACGCAAGGGGGAGGAAAGAGAGCGAUCAUAGGAGGGACGGUGAUGACGUCCCCUCCAGCAGGGACUCGCUCCGAAAUAGCUCACUCAGCCUGUGCUUCGACGAGGCCGUUGCCAUAGCAACCAUGCGGCGGGAAAAGGAGAAAGAGUGCGAAAGGGAAAGGCAGCGAGAUUGGGCGGGAGAAGUUCAAUGAACUUUUGUAAAGAUGAGGGUUUUCUCUGGAUGUGCAGGUGAAAUAUGUACAUAUGGGACAGGUUUUUUAAUUCAAAAAUGUCAAAGGUCAAAGAUGAGUACUUUCUAGGAAUCACAUGUUUAUUUUUGUAAUAUUUCUCAGCCAAGUACGUUGGUAAGGGUUGGUAAAGUAUACUUGUUUCGGACUUGUGGAGCAAGUUACUUCGAGGAACAUCACAUUUACACUUGCACAAUUCAACAUGUCCGAAAAGUAGUAGGAAGAAGCAGAGCUUUAAUAUAAAGUAAGUAAGGUAUAUAUACAUUUUAUAUAAGCGUAUAUAUAAAGUCAGUAUUCAUCACUGCUGGUAGUAACAAUUAGUUAGCUCCAGCCCCCAGCUAUCAGCAGAGAAGUCCCAUGUCAUUAAUUGUGUUCAUGCGCUACGUUGGCUCACAUCCUGUGCUUUGGGUUGCCAACUCGCUGAAAAAUUAAAUAAGGUCUGGCCAACCCGAUUGUCUUUACCCAGUGCAGUUCAUUUUUUCUGGCCUUUUUUUAAUUUGUGUGAAACAAUUUUUAUACAAUGCUAUAUUCAAACCUGAAUUGAAUUAUAUACAUGUUUUGGAGUAAUACAAAUCCAUAGGAAACAAAUUGUUUUUGAUACUCAGUAAUACUGGACAACUCAAUAUCAGACAUGUACAUAUGUGUAUAUAUGCGGGACAAUUACGUUUUUUUGAGGGAAAGUUGGCAACCCUACUUCUGCAUCUCCUGGGUACUAAAUCUUCCCUCUGUUUAACACGUUAACCCUUUAAAAUAAUUC